GCACUGUUUUUCCUGGAGUCACCUGGGGCAUCCAUCCUCAGAUCCUGGGAAAGCCCACCCUUGCCUACACGCAGCCGGAUCUGAUCUGCUGACGUGUCGGCUCCCGCUGCCCAGCCAAUGCUCAUGCUCCAGCGAGCGAAGGAGUCAAGAAGCCAGGCAAACAAAACUGCCAACAUGGCAGCAAAACACUUUUACCGACAGGGUUUUUUACUACUUUUAUUUAACUUUAUUUCAACCGCAGCUUUGGAGAAGAGGUUCUCCGACUUUAAAAGAUGCGCCGACGAGGAGUGCAGCAUGCUUCUUUGCCGGGGAAAAGCUGUAAAAGAUUUCUCAGGACCUGAUUGUCGGUUCCUUUCAUUUAAGAAAUCUGAAACUAUAUAUGUAUACUAUAAGCUGUCCGGAAAAAGGGCUGACCUAUGGGCAGGAAGUGUCGGAAGCAACUUUGGAUAUUUCCCAAAGGACCUUCUAGCUGUAAACCACCUUUAUACAGAAAAAGAACUUGAAAUUAAAGCAGAGGAAACAGAUUUUGUCUGUUUUGACACUGGAUAUGACAAGUUUGACUCUUACGACAUAGACCUACUCUUAGGCCUGUCUGUCGAGGAGAAUGAUGGCGAGAAUAAUGGUAUAACAGGAAAAGACACAGAGAGCAUUGAGGAAGAAACUAAGCCAUCAGUAGAGGAAGUGACUGAGAUUGACACACAAACUGAGCAUGUUAAAUCAGAGGAGCUUCAUGAAGACCAAAGUGCCUCUUUGCCUAAACUUGAAAUAAACACUUCAACAGAUUCAUCUUUGCUGAAAGACGAAGGGUCUAAUACAGCCACUGUGCCUGUAACAGAGGACGAGGAAGUGCAGCAGCAGAAUGUAACAGAGUCUCCUGUGCAAAUAAUGCCAGAAAGUAGUGAAACCACAGAUGAAUCUGAUGUGGAGUCUGCUCUGGUGACGGUUUCUGAAGGAGUGCAGAUCCCACAGUUGAAUCCCACCCUUGGAACGACUUUUGAUGCUGUCGUCACAGAAGAAGAGAUCACCACAAAAGUUACUCCGUAUGAAGAGGAGGACAGCGAAGACCUACAAGACCAUCCAGAAGAACAUAAAGAGGAGGUUCCACUGCUUUCCUUCUUGGAGGAACCCGCAGACACUCUGGAAAUGGAUUCUCCAAAAGAGCAAGAGAAACUUCCACCAGCACAAAAAGAAGACCCAAACGGAACACAGGAGAAAAACUUGUGGACUUCACUUGGAGAUGCAGUAUUUUCAGUUGUCACGGGAGGAGAAACCACAGGAGAGGAUGUGAGUUCAGACGAGGAUGAUGAGGACGAGGAUGAGGAUGAGAUAGAGGAAACUGCUGCAGAACCUGAGAAGAGUUUUGAGAAAACUGAGACAGAACCCAUUUUACCAGACAACCAAAAACAUCCAGAGGACAUGGAACCACCUCCUCCAGAUCCCCAUCAAUCCAACUCUGUGGAGCAAGAAAUUAACGGAACGAAAAACGAUCCUGAGAAGCUUUUGUUUGAUGGAAAUGUGGGUGAUCAAGACGUGAGUGAACACAAGGAUGAAAUGGAACAAGAGGAUAAAGCAUCAAACUCCCCCAGUGAGCCAGAACCCCAUGAAACAGAGGAGAGUAGUUUGUCAGAAGAGCCAGUAUUAAAUGAUGAUCUUGUUAGCACUCCCGAUGAUGAUAAAUCAGGCGAUGAAACACCUGAAGAUGAAGAUGAGUUAGAGGAUCCAGAAAUUAGCAAAACAGAUGAUAACAUACAGGAGAACACUGUUGUGGAAGAACAACUUUUAGACGGUGUGUCGGAUGAAAGCAGAACCACGUCCGAGCAGGAAUUGGGUAUUACUGAAAGUGAAAAAGUCCCGGACCAAUCUUCUGAGCUAAAGGAAUCUAAUGAUUCAGAUAUCACUGUUGACCAGCACUUAAUAACCGAUGAGAAACCAGAUCAGAUAAAUGACAACAAAGUGACAGAUGUUGAAAGUAAUACAAGUCCGACAUUAGUAUCUGUGGAAGAAGAAGAGAUUCGUGAGCAAACACAUAUAGAGGAGGAAGAAGAUGAAAAAGAUGCAGGGACUGAUAAAGAGAUUAAUGAAGAAAAAGAGGAGUUACUUGAGGAUGAAAAUGCACUUUUAUCUGCUCAAUCAGAUGAUGUUAUCAAUGAAAAAUCCACGGAGGAAACAACUCUGUUAGCUGAGUCGGCUGAAGAGCCAGAAUACAGCGAAAAUAUAAUGAGGCUGUCUCUGCUUAGAGAGCACUUCACAGAGGAGAAAAUAGAGCACAUCCAAAAGCUUUUGGGACUCAAAAAUCUCUUCAAAGUGGAAGCCAUGUUCUCUGAUCUGGACACAGAGUUAAAGGCUACUCGCUUGUCGCACACAGAUGCCACGCAAGAUGUCGAAAGUACUCUCGAGAACAUCCUGGAGGCUUCGGAGAACACUAUCCUCGAUGAGAUUGAGAAGAUGCUCGACAGCCGGGAAAAAAAACAAGACGAGCAUCAGGCGGAAACGAGUAGUUUGGAUGAGGAAACUGAAAUGCUUGAUGACUUUCAGGAACUUGCGUUUAGCCUACGCCAAAAGUACUCAACGACCAGUGACAGUGCACCUUUAGCAACACCAGUAACACCAUUGGAGAGCACGCAUGACCAACCUCCCUCCAAUGUUGCAGAAGAGACGCCUCCCAUUGUUGAAGAAAAGUCUGACAAUGUGCCAGAAACUGAUGAAGAAUAUAAUCUGACAGUAGCAGAAGAUCUGGAAGAGGAGUCGACUAAAAUUAAAGAGGAGCAGGUGGUUUGGAAUGAGGAAAACAUGAUCCCGGAGAAGGAUGCUGAAGACUCUGAUAAAAACAAAGACCAGUCGAGCCUCACUGUGUCGGACGAAGAGGAAAAGGUCACUCAACCCACCCCUGACUAUCAGUUGGAUGUGGAUGUUGAGACUGAAGUUCAACAUUAUCCCUCAGGAUCCGUGGACUAUAUGGAGACGGUGAAAGAAAAGCCUGAGGAAGAAUUGGGAUUGUUUACAACUGGAACUGUUUACAUGUGCUGCAUCUUCUCAGUAAUCAAGAAUAAAACUGUGGAGUGGACCACUGUGAUGAUUUCUUUGCUGCCAGAGGAGUGGAAGCCAGGGGAAACGUUGUUUGGCUGUCCUUGGCAAGCUGUCGUUGUCACAGUUUUGAUUGGAGUGCUUACCUUCACCAUCUUCUUCUGGAGGACAGUAUUGGCAGUGAAGAAGAGUAAAUACCUUGUGGAUGAGAAAAAGCUCAAGGAUAAAAUCCACACACUCAUUAAAGAUAAGAGUGAUGCUCUUGCCAAGAUAUCUGAACUCCAAAAGCAGACUGAACAAUUGAAAGAAAAUCAGAAACAGUCAAAGGCAACUGUGAGCUGCACCAUGAAAAGGAUGCAAGCGUUGGAGAGCAAAGUUGUCGAAGCCGACAAGAUGAACGAACAGAUGGCAGAAGAGAAGAACAAAUACUCGAAGCUACUUGAGGAAGAGCGAGCCAUCUCUCUCCAGAAUGACAGCAGGCUAGAAAAAUUAGAGAAGGCAAAUGAGAAGUUGCAGGUCAGCCGGAAGAAGAUCCAGGAAGCUCUAGCUAAGACGACUAUUCUUUUGGAUGAAGCCAAGAUUCGAGAAGAUGCACGAAAUGCUCAACACAAAUGUUUCCAGAAAGAGUUUGCAGCUUUAAAGGAAGAGAAAAAAACGCUUAAAACGACCAUAAAGGGUUGGGAGGAAAAACAUAAGGAGCUGAAUGAGAAGAUAAAAGUUUAUCAAAAGUCCCAUAAAGAACUGGAGGAUUCUGUGGUGCUCAAAGAUCACAAUGUGGAGGUUCUGUCUGAACUUCUGGCAGACCUAGAUGCUUGUGAUUUGCAGAAAGGUGAAACGAGUGUUUUGGCAAAUGGUGAAGUUGCACCUGCUGAUAAGAAAACAGCCAUAAAAAACAGAAUCAAGCAAAUGAUGGAUGUUACCAGGGUCCAGACAACUCUCACAGUUAUCGAAGAAGAGCGCGACCGCUUCAUGGCAAAACUCCUCAAUGAAGAAAAAUCUAGAAAGGAACUUGAGGAAAAACACCAGGAGCUGGAACAUUCAAUCGGAGCCCUCAAAAGUGAGAAGAGUCAGAUCGAGAACCAGUACACGAUCCUGCAGCAGAAAAAUGAAAUCAUGGUUGAAAUGUAUCAGCAGAAGGAAAAUGCUUUGCAGCAGAGGUUGACAAAGGAAGAGUUGGAGCGGCGCAGCAAAGAAAAUCUGCUGUCUGAGGUGGGAGGGAAAGCUGUGGAAGCCGAGGAGCAGGUGAAACUUUUAAGGCAGCGCAUUAAUGAGAUGGAGGAGCAGAUGAAGAAGACAGAGGAGGUCUAUAAAGAGCAGAUAAAAGAGCAGGAAAACAAAACUCAUUCCAACUGGGUGAAUGCUCGCAAUGCUGAGCGAGCUCUAAGUCAAGAAAAGGUAGAAUCCUCAAAGCUGCGUGAAAAAUUGGCCAUACUUACAUCACAGCUUAAUGAGCGCCGGGCGCCGCUGUUCAGGCCGAACUCCGGUCAGCCUCCAGGUCCUCGUCAAGGUGAUUCAUAUGGACCCUCUCCUGUGAGUGGGGGUGCUCCGUCCCCUCCUAUAAUGAUCGAGGGUCCCAGGCGCCCUCCUUCUGCCCCCGUAGGGCGAAGAAUUGCCCCGUAUGGCCCUCGACCUCCAUCCGAUCCACAUGGCAUCUACCCUGAAAACAAACACAUCCCAGGCAUGGACAUGAUGGGCCCAAGAAGCUCCUCUCCCGCCAACCCGGACGGAUCUACUGAAGUGAUAGAUCCACAGAUAAAAACAGAAAGUCAGGCUGUGGCUUCCACAGAGAGUCCAGAGCCAGGACCUGGAUCCUUCAUCGCCUCUCCAAUCAGAGACUCGCCCGGAUCGAUGGUCCAAAGGCCUCCUCCAGGCCCGGGACCACAUGACCCUUUUCUCCCUCCUGGACCCAACGUCCGUCUCCCUCCACCCGGGCCUUACGGGCAUCCCAGACCAGGCCCGUACCCACUCCCACCAGGCCCUCUUCCUCCAAACGUCCCCCCACUUCACGGCCCUCCUCUGCCGGCCAACGGACACCCAGGUAUGCCCCUGCCUGGACCCAUGGGCGGGGAGUUUGGGCCUCGACCUGCCAAUGGACAUUUAUUCCAACCCAGACUGGGCCCUGAUCAAAGGGGCCCGCCACCACCACACUUCCGUCCUCCUCCACCGCAUAAUUUUGGACCGAUGCCUCCACCGCUCGGUGUCCGUGGACCUUUGGGGCCCCGUCCACUUAUCCCUCAUGACAUGCGCUUCCCAGGACCGAGAGACCACAUCAGCCCGCCCAUGGACCUGCUGCCGGGCGUGCCGCCACCUGGAGGACCGCCCCUUCCUGCACAUCCUGGUCGGGGGCCGCCCGGUAACCCCCAGAACUCAGCGGGCCCCCAGAGAGGCCCCGCCCCGGACACGCACCUGAAGCAGGAGGCUCCUCAGGAUUCAGUCAGACCUGCAAUGGUCUAGCCUUAAAACGCUAAGGAACGGAGCUGAACGCAGCUUCACUGUAGAGUAACACGAUAACAAAUCAAGUCCAAACAUUAGGUCAUGAUGGCUUUCAGUUUUCUGUCAUACGAAAUUGCAAUGAUGUUUAUUAAAAUAUAAGGUCUUUAAAAAAAAAAACAAUCAGAAAUUAUGUGUCUGAAAUUUAUGAGUUGAGAACUUUUCUUUGCAGGUUAUUGUGCAAUACAAGUUGUGUUGAUCUUUUUAAAAAUAAGUGAUUUAGAGGGACAUAUUUUUUUAAUGUUUCCUGUGGAAAUUAUAAAAAAAAAAUUUUAAAAAAAAAGCAAGAGAUGAGAAGUUUUGGUUUUAACAUUUCAGGAAUCCCUUUUUCUUCCCCAAACAUGUCGGUUCAUUACAAACCAUAUAAAGGAAAUGUGUAAAUCGAUGGCCAGAUGUAUAACUUAUUUUACUAUGUUGGCUAGAACUUUUAAUAAUAAAGAAUGGAAACUC